CACGGGGAGGACGAGGCCGGAGCCGCAGGAGGACAGGGACGAGGCGGGAACGCGGACCGGACGACGAUGUCCACCCUGAGCUGGUGGCGCCGCCGGGCGCCUGGUGCGGUGCGGCUGCACUAGACGGCAGCGUGCCGCGGGGAGCUCUGCCUUCUUGAUCUUCAACCUUUUUGACCUUGACUUUUCCCCUUCUUGAUAUUGAUCUCACCCUUCCUGAUCUUCACCCUUCUUGGAGACCGACUGGCAAGAGGAGGAGGGACUUUGUCCCAACGCUAGGUGGCUGGGUCCAGCCAGAGAUUCACACCAAGGAGGAGAUCGUUGAGCUCCUGGUCCUUGAGCAGUACCUGACUAUCAUUCCGGAAAAGCUCAAGCCUUGGGUACGAGCUAGACAGCCAGACAGCUGUGAGGAGCUGGUUGCCCUGCUGGAGAAUUACAGGAUGUACCAGCGCGAAGACGACACCAACAGUGACGAAGACAUGAGGUGGAACCGAGGAGGAACCCCUCCAGUCCGACCGGUCCCUUCCUUCAGCAGUGACCGGGACCGGGAGUGGGAGCGGGAGCGGGAGCGGGACCGCGACCAGGACUGGGACCGCAGAGGCAGAAGCAGGGAAGUGGAGCCUCGAGACCGUUGGUCAUACAGCAGGAGCCCCAGGAGCAGGCUGCCUCAGCGUGACCUUUCCCUGCCUGUGAUGGCGAGGGCAAGUUACCAAAUGGAAAGAGAGGAAGACAGGGUCUCCAUGGAUUAUGAGUCUCGAUCCCAGGAUGCUGAGUCAUACCGGAGUGUCAUGGAGGCCCACGAGGACAGGAAGUCUCAGAACCCGAUCCACGACAACAUGGAGAACUACAGGAAGCUGCUGUCACUGGGGGUACAGCUUGCUGAAGAUGACCGCCACUCCCACAUGACACAAGGCCACUCCUCCAGAACCAAGCGAAGUGCCUACCCAAGCACCAGCCGAGGUCUGAAAAUUAUGCCUGAAGCCAAAAAGCCAAGUCAUCGUCGGGGAAUCUGUGAAGACGAAUCUUCUCAUGGAGUGAUCAUGGAGAAAUUCAUCAAGGAUGUGUCCCGUGGCUCCAGAUCCGGAAGAGCCCGGGAGCCGAGUGAUCGGCUACAGAGGCUCCCCAGAGUGUCAGGCGACCACUGGAGAGAUGUCUCAUUAAACCGGAGGGAGCCAAUGCUCCCUCAGAGGGGUUAUGAGGGGAGUGCAUUUAGAGGAGGCUUCAGGUUCAACUCUAACCUUGUCUCUAGAAGGAGGGUUCUGGAAAGGAAAAGGCGCUAUCAUUUUGACACAGAUGCGAAGGGUUUGGCUCAUGAGCAUAAGGGCAGUGCCAGGAAGAAGCCUUUUGAGUGUGGCAGUGAGAUGAGGAGGGCUUCCAGCACCAGCACAAGCAGCCUGGGCUCAGCUUCCUCUUCUGAGCCGCAGCCAGGUGAUCUGGGGGCGACAGCCUAUGUGUGUGAUGAGUGUGGGAGGUCCUUCACCGUCAUAUCAGAGUUCGUGGAACACCAGAUCAUGCAUACCAGGGAGAAUCUCUAUGAGUAUGGCGAGUCCUUUGCUGACAACUCAACUCCCAGUGAGGAUCCAGGCCGUCAGAGUGGAGGGAAACGCUUUGAGUGCAAAGAGUGUGGGGAAGUCUUCAGUAAGAGUGCUGCCCUCGCAGAGCACCGCAGAAUUCAUGCCAGAGAGUACCUGGCCGAGUGUAAGGACCAGGACAGUGAGGAGGCUCCCAUGCCCAGCCCGACCUUCAGUGAGCUUCAGAAGAUGUAUGGCAAAGAGAAAUUUUACGAGUGCCGUGUGUGUAAGGAAACCUUCCUUCACAGUUCUGCCCUCGUUGAGCACCAGAAGAUCCAUGAGGGAAUGAGCUGCGGUGAAGACAAGGCCAAUGAGUAUGACCAUGAGCCUGAGCGCAGGGCAGCCUUCGUGCCCAGUGCAGCCCUGAGAGAAUUUCAGAAAAUGUAUGGCAAAAACAAGAUCUACGAGUGCAAGGUGUGUGGGGACUCCUUCCUCCAUAGCUCCUCUCUGAAAGAGCACCUCAAAAUCCAUGCCAGGGGAAACCCAUUUGAAAACAAGGGCCAGGGAUGUGAGGGAGCCUUUAUGCCUAGCCCCUCCCUUAAAAGGCGUCAGAAAACUUACGCUAAGGAGAAGUUCUUUGAUGUUAAAGAUGGCCGGGAUCCCUUCAUGCAAAGUGCAGACCUCAGUGAGCAUCAGAAAAUUCAUUCUCGGAAGAACUUCUUCGAUGGCCGUGGAUAUGAGAAGUCUGCUAUGCAUAGCAUGCCCUUCACUGAAUCUCAGAAGAGUCACACCAUCACAAGACCACCUGAGGAUGAGGAAGAUGAAAAGGCCUUCACCAUCAGUUCUAACCCUGAUGAAGCCCAGACACCUCCCACAAUGGAAAAUGCCUACGAGGGGAAGUUCUGUGAGAAGUCUGAUAGUCACUGCUCAGGCCCUGUGGAGGCUCAGAAAAGUCAGGGUGCAGCCGGGUUCAGCAAACCCAAAGUGCCUACAGGGCCUGCUAUGCAGAGCUCAGAGGUCCCCAACCACAUGAGAGCCCGUUUUGGAGGAAAUUUCUCUGCAGGAAAGGAAUACCUGGCGUCCAUUACUCGUAGCCUGGCUAUUCCCAAAUCUCUGAAACGUUACUACGUUAACAAAGAAGCUGGCAGUGAUGAGAAGGGAGAGUCCUCCACUUACCUCUCAGACCUUCACAACAAGCGCCGGAAGAUUCCUGCCAGAGAGAGCCCUUAUGAUGGGGAUAACAAUGAUUACAAGGAUGCCAUCAUGCCAAGCACAUCCUAUGCAGAGCCUAGAAGAAGCCUUGCUGGAGACAGAGCUGCUGAAUUUAAACAAGAUGGUGUCUUUUCAGUCCCCACCACUAGUGUCCGUGGUCACCAGAAGGCUCGUGCCAAGAAGAAGUACCUUGAGCAGAGGGCCAAUGAGGCCACUGUCAGUCAUUCCCUACCUUUUGGUGAGCUGCCUAUAGUUCGCCCUAGGGAGAAGCUGUAUGAAUGCCAGGAGUGUGGCGAGACCUUUGCUCGUAGCUCCGACCUCAUUGAGCACCAGAAGAUUCAUGACAGAGAAAAGCCCUCUGGAAGUGGGCACUACGAGCAAUCUGUCAAUUACAGCAUGGCCCCUACUGGUCCUCAGACAAGUUAUACCCAAGAGCAGUAUGCUGAAGAACAAGUACGUGACAAACCCAACAAAUCUGCUACUGACAACAGCCUCCCUGAGCAAGAGGAAAACUGCACCCAAGAGAAGACUCCUGGGGAAGAAACCCACAUUGAGGAAACCCAAGGUCAGACCCAGGAUCAGAAGAUGGAGGGUCAGGAGACCCACAGCGAAGAGACCCAGGAUCAGAAGAUGGAUGGUCAAGAGAUCCAGGAUCAGAAGAUGGAUGUUCAAGAGACCCAGGGUCAGGAGAUGGAUGGUCAGGGGACCCAGGAUCAGAAGAUGGAUGGUCAAGAGAUCCAGGAUCAGGAGAUGGAUAGUCAGGAGACCCAGGAUCAGAAGAUGGAUGGUCAGGAGAUCCAGGAUCAGAAGAUGGAUGUUCAGGAGACCCAGGGUCAGGAGAUGGAUGGUCAGGAGACCGAGGGUCAGGAGAUGGAUGGUCAGGAGAUCCAAGGUCAGAAGAUAGAUGGUCAGGAGACCCAGGGUCAGGCGGUGGAUGGUCAGGAGAUCCAGGGUCAGGAGUUGGAUGGUCAGGAGAUCCACGGUCAGGCCAUGGAUGGUCAGGAGUUCCAGGGUCAGGAGAGUCAGUAUCAGGAGACCCAUGGCGAAGACACCUGUGAUCAGGAGAUCAACAGUGAGGAGAGCCAGGGUCAGGAGAUGGAAGGUCAGGAAAGCCAAGGUCAGGAGAUGGACGAUCAGGAGAGCCAGGAUCAGGAGACAGGUGAGGAUACUAUCAGUCAGGUGUCGAGUUCUGAUGAGCAGAAGGACGAUCCCGAAGACACCAUCUACGAAUGCCAGGAGUGUGGACUGGGCUUCGUGUACCUCACAGACCUCACCAGCCAUCAGGACAUCCACAGCAGGAAGUGCCUGGUCGACGGCCGAGAAUACGCGUACUCCGAUGUCCACAUGCAUUCCCUCAGUGAGUACCAGAAAGAGUGCGGUGGAGAGCAGCUCUUUGAGUGCUCCAAGUGUGGCGAGUCCUUUAUCCAUAGCUCCUUCCUGUUUGAGCAUCAGAGAGUCCAUGAGCAAGACCAGUUGUAUUCCAUGAAGGGAUGUGACGAUGGUUUUAUUUGCCUCUUGCCAGUGAAGCCGAGGAGGAACCGAGCGGCCGAGAGGAAUCCUGCUGUGGCUGGGGCGGCCAUCCGAUGCCUCCAGUGCGGGCAAGGCUUCAUCCACAGCUCAGCCCUCAACGAGCACAUGCGGCACCACAGGGAUGAUGAGUACCUGGAGCAGACGGAGGUGGCUGAGGAGAUCUUCAUCCAGACCCUGGCCCUCACCGAGUUCCAGGGCAGCGAGGCCGAGGAGAAGCUCUUCGAAUGCACCAUCUGUGGAGAAUGCUUCUUUACCGCCAAGCAGCUGGGGGACCACCACACCAAGGUCCACAAGGAUGAGCCCUACGAGUACGGGGCUUCCUUCACCCAUGCCUCGUUCCUCACCGAGCCCCUCCGACGCCCCGGGCCCUUCUAUGAGUGCCGGGACUGUGGGCAGGCCUUCAUGCAUGACACCAUCCUCACCAAGCACACCAUGUUUGACCCCGAUGAGGAAGAAGAGGAAGAGGAGGAGGAGGAAGAAGAAGAAGCCGCCACCGCCCAGGAGGUUGAAGUCAACGUCCUCAUCCCACGAGAAGUCCUGUGCAUCCAGGGGUCAAACGUAGAAGCUGCAGAGCCGGAGGUGGAGGCGGCUGAGCCAGAGGUAGAGGCCGCGGAGCCGGAGGUGGAGGCCGCUGAGCCAGAUGGAGAAGCAGAAGGGCCGGUGGGAGAGGCGGCAGAGGCAGAUGGGGAGGCGGAGCAGCCCAAUGGAGAGGCCGAGUACCCCUAUGGGGAUGCCGACGAGCCAGAUGGUGCCGGCAUCGAAGACCCAGAAGAAAGAGCGGAGGAGCCGGAGGGGGAUGCCGACGAGCCUGAUGGGGCAGGAAUAGAAGACCCUGAGGAGGAGGUCGAGGAGGAGAUCCAGGUGGAGGAGCCCUACUACAACUGCCAGGAGUGCACCGAGACCUUCUCGUCCUUGGCGGCCUUCGGGGAGCACCUGCGAGCCCACGCCAGCCUGGUCCUGCCCGAGCCCGCUGAUGCCCCAGGCGAGGGCGCCGGCCCCAGCGCAGCCCACCAGGCCGACCACCAGUACUUCAGCUGUGACGUCUGCGGCCAGCUCUUCAAUGACCUGCUGUCCCUUGCCAGACACCAGAACACCCACACCGGCUGAGCAGAAAGGUGCCAAGCCUCUCACCCAGAACUGGACCGUGCCAAACCACAGAGAACAGAACCUACUCAAGCACCAAGAAGAAACAACCUUAGGAUGUGUACACCUGACUUAGCAUAGACAACCCAGACUGUACUGUGAAGCCUCCUUCCGUCCUAGCUGCUUCCUGCUGCCCGCCGCAGCUGGGGGAGAGGUGGCACCUACAUAGCUCAACCUCACCCUCUACCUGAGGAGCCGGACUGUCACUCUUGUCCCCGGAGGGACAUUUCCUGCCAUGUAUAUAAAUGAGCAAACCGUAGCCAAAUGGGGAUCACAUUUAUUUGGAUUUAAUGUGAUAAACGGUCACAGUUUACUGGGCAGAGGUACCUUUCCUGGUUCUCUGAUUUUUUUUUUCUUUUUUGGAGGAGGAAGAGAGCAACAAAUUAGAAUAUAUUUGUAAGUGUCUUAGAUCCUGAAAAAAAUUUACUGUGCUUGAACUGAACCCCACUAGUUUAUCUUUUUGAGUAUUGACUGUGUUUGAUUCCUUAACUCUUUAAUUGUCUUGUGUGGUGUAGACACGGGAGAUUUAGAGUCUCUUCACUGAGAGAGAAGUGACUUCAGCUUCCUCCAGCAGCCGUGUUGUCUGCACCUGAACUUGUACCUGAAACCCGGUGCCGUGUGCAUUUCCAAUGCACAGACGGCCUUCGUUACCCAGGCCACCUGUAGCCACAUUGUAUGUACCUUGCUGUGGUUCUCACGCAAAAAUAUUAUUGUUGGGUUUUUACAAGUGUUUGUUGUUGUUUUUGUUUUUAACCAAUUCAGUGUGUAUUGAGUAGUGAAUUGAGGCUUUUCCUUGUAAAUGUUCUAUCGCUGCCUUUAAAGAAUGGGUUGUAACCAUGGCUAGAUCACAGCAGUGCCUGCGGAGCUGACCCCCCAGGAGCGGCUCCCCGCCAGCCUGGUGGCUUCAGCCCCUGGUGGCUUCAUUCCAUGCUGCCACAAGUCAGCUUGCCCCUGGGUGCCCAGGGGCUAACCUCUAGAGACUUUUCUAUUACUAACUUAGUUCUCCUGUUCUUUACUUGUCUGAGUCUGUAACCCUGUGUCUAACUUGCAUUUUAAAAAAAUUUUAAAAAAAGGAAAAACACACAAAAAAAAGCUUUCUUUCUAGUUAACCCAAGCUUUCAUGUUAUGGACUCAGGUUCCCCAGCAGCCUUAAUUUGUUUUGUUACCAUCGAUCCUUCUCUUUCGGCCUUCCUGCGCAUUUCUGAGCUGUCAAUGUAAUGUCGUGCUGUCCCGCCUGAUUUUUCCUCUUAAUCACAAAUUGGCCUCAGAGCUUGGGGUGUCCCCAUGUCCUCCUCUGCUCCUUUGCUUCUUCUCCCCUCGCAUAAUGGCUAGAUAAAGAAAAAUUUUUGGCCUUGAGUUGGCUGGGGAAAAAAAAAUUAAAAACUUAAAAACUUAAAAAAAAAAAGAAAAGAGAGAUCUGUAGAUGAAGAGUGCAGACGUGAACACACAUCGUCUGACAAGGAUGACACCUGCUAGGGAGAUGCGUCUGGCUCUUCCUCUUCCAGAUCCGCAGGUAGAGGCGUGCAGCAAGUGUGAGGCUGAGGGAAUGCCAGAGUCCAGGGAGGUGGGAGAGCUGAGCUCCAGGAGCAAGAACGCCAAAGAGGGAGGUCCUCACACACGCCCCAGGCCUGGAAGGGGAAGGAGUGGGCUGGAGGGCCAGGGUGGCGAGAACGAAUUGAGCAGUGUCCUGGGCAGUUUGCAAGAAGUUGAAGGUCAUCUGCAUAGAAAGACACAAGGUUGGAACUGACAGCCAGGAAAAGCAAGGGGCAGUGGGUGCACUGCAUUGGGAUGAAUUUGGGGGCUCAUGAUGGCUGGCUUUGAGAAAAAUACUUGCCAAGAAGUUAGGGUGUCCGUUUCAACUUUAAGUGGAAGUGUAGGAAGGGUAUCAAUGCCAAAUGGCAGAAGAAUGAGUCAGUAAGUGUAUCCUUCAACUCUUGCAGCUGUUUGAGUGAUAAUCACAAAGAGUUAUGUAUGGAUGGAAAUAUAUUUACAGAAUAGUAAGUGGAGAAAGCAGGACACAAAAUUAUAUUUAUACUACAGUUAUAACUGUUUAAAAAGGUAUGCUUAUAGUCAAAAGCUAUUGUGUUGUAGGCAAAUAGUCAAGCAUUAUUUUCUUAACUUUCUUGAAUGUUCUCUCAUGGUAGUGUUAUUACCAAGUUAAUGGUCCUAUUUCCAUUGUGAACAUGAUUUGAACUCAUUAUAAAUCACUUGGAAAACACAGUAAAGUGGAGGAAAAACUAUCCAUACCCCCACCAUCCAAAGAGAGAUAUACUCUUCAAUAUCUUAUCCUUGUCUCUGUGCACCUGUUUAUGAUUAUAACUGUGUCAAAAUGUGUAUUCAAGAUACCUGUUAAAUUACUCUUGUGGAAUUAUGACUAAAUACUUUCAUCUUGAUUAUUUUCUCCUUUAAAAUAAUGUCCUGGUAACAGUGUUAAUUAUGAAUGUCACUAUUUCAAGAAUCAUCAUAUGUACCUGGAGGGGCAAUUGGAAAAUAGAGCAAAUUUAGGAAAGAAAAAAAAUGAUCCAUAUUUCCCAACACCCAAAAGCUACUGUUAAGGUCAUUGUAUUUCCUCCAUCUUGUAUCAGUGCACAACCUUGUGACUAGAACAGUGUUAAAUAUGUCUACAUAAAGUCUAAAUGAAAAGAAAUGUGGAAAAUAAUUAAAAUUGUGUCGUGGGAUUAUGGUUAAUUUUGUUCCAAAUUUCUAAUCUUUGAUCUUUUGGUAAUAAGCUUUAUGUAUGUAUUUUUCCAUUACAAAUUUAAUACACACUCAUAGAAAACUGGGCAAUUCAGUAAAAUAGAAAGAAAUCCACUCGUGAUCCCAACAGUUAGAGUUACCACCUUGAUCUGUGAUAGGAUGCAUAAGCAUGAAAGAUGGGAAGAGAUCUAGGGAAAAACCAAGAGCUAGCUGUGUGGUUAUUGUGGAAUUGCUCUUUGCUGUAUUACUUCGGUUUCUCUGAGUGGCCUUUAUCAUAGUGUUUGGGUAGUUUGCUUCUAUUAUCAUAUAUCUCAUUAUAUAUGCAGUAUCUGUUCAUUAUAGAAACCUUGAAGCUGUGGCAACGUAGAAGAGAAACUCGCCAUAUUUUCAUCAUCCAAAGACUGUGGUUAACAUCUUGACGUAUUUUCAUCUUGUCUCUGUGCACAGGCUUUUGGUUCGUUAAUAUGGUUGUAGUUGUUCUACCUGUAAUAGUGUCACCAAUAAAAAUAAAGUUAAA